UAUAUAUAAACUUGACAUAUCUCCACUUACUAUCAUAUUCACCAACUCCAUCUUUCUCUCUUCUAACAAUAAACCAUACUAGUUCCCAAAAUGGAAGCCACCAUUUUAAAGAAAACAAGAAGCUCAUCAUCAACCCUAGCGAUGCACAAACAAUCAUACUCAAUAACAAAACCAAAGCCAAAGAUCCGUAUAAUUCACAUAUUUGCACCUGAGAUCAUCAAGACCGACGUUGCCAACUUCAGAGAGCUUGUCCAAAGCCUAACAGGGAAGCCAGAAGACCAUGGCGUUUCUAAAACAAAACCAAGAAGAGGUUCUCACCGUCAAGUCCAAGACAUGAUCAACAUGGAGAGGCUAAGAGAAGUUGAGCGUUGUGAUGAUCAAGGGUUUUGCUCAAACUCAGAGAUGGAAGAGAUGUCGAUGACUUGGAACGGUGGUAAUGAUGGUGGUGAGAGCUCUGGAGGAUUCUUGAAUGGUUUGGGAGAUUUUGGAGGGUUUAUUCAAGAACUUGGUGAAUUUCCCUAUUUGCCCCUGUCCUCCAUGGAUGCUUCUGCUUCUUCUAACUCGUCUUCUUCCUCGCAUUUACAUGGUGGAUCAAUUUUCUCAGAUUCUCAUUACCAGUUUGUGUAACUCUCGUCUUUCAUACAAAAAGUUUUUUUUCUUUAUAAGUGGUGUCUUGUUUUGUCUAUUAGGUUUUUGUGGAAAUAAUCUUUAUUCUUUUUGUUUAGUACAUUAAUUGAUUUUAUGUAAAGCUUUAAACUCCUUUGAUUU